CGGAUUGCCCUUGCAAGUGUCGUGAACACUGAUCAAGCGACAUGUCUGAAGGAAGCACACGAGCCCUACCAACAGGACCGUUGCCCGGCGUAUCGUACCCCCUCGAGGUGAUCUACUGCGGCGAGUGCUCUAUGCCGCUCGAAUAUUGCGAGUACUAUCCAGACUCGCAAAAGUGCAAGGAGUGGCUUCAGAAGAACCUUCCUGAGGAAUUUGAGCGGCGACUUGAACUCAGCGACGCACCGCAGACUGGAGCUGGCGGCGAUGAAGAAAAGAAACGGCAAAAGCGUGGUGGCAAGGGAAUGGUGAAGGCCAAAAAGAGGGUGGAAAAAGACAAACGAAUUUUCCUGUCAAGAGCGUCACGGGGAAAGAAGAAGUUUGUGACUGUGGUGACUGGAUUGAGUACCUUUGAUAUUGACCUGAAAGAUGCAUCAAAAUUUUUUUCCCACAAGUUCUCCUGUGGUUCAUCAGUGACUGGAGAUGAUGAAAUAGUCAUUCAGGGUGAUGUAAAAGAUGACAUUUUUGAUGUCAUCACUGAAAAAUGGCCAGAAAUCGAUGAUGAGUUAAUAGAAGACCUUGGAGAUCAGUCUCGCUAAAUCUGUACAAAAUAAAAUGGUUUGAAACUUUUUUUUUUUUGUUGGAAAAGAAAAAAAAUACGGAAGGUCAGUUGCAUAUUU